AUGGACUCGUAUCUCGUCCUCAUGCUCUCUUUUAUUAUCUACCGGAUAUUAAGUGAAAAUCAAUUUACACAGCCUGAAAUUGGAAAAGAAGCCGGAUUGAUCGAAGGCGAAGGUUCAAUAUGGCUACCUGUGAUAGAAGACGGGAGUCUCGAGGGGGCACUAUUAACUGGUCCAUUUCAAGAAGAUGUCAGAACUGGAAACAUAAACCAAGUGCCCAUACUUAUUGGCUUCAAUUCCGAAGAGGAAUUAACGUUUAUGCUAUUUGAUCCCACGAUUCCUGAAAGAUAUGCAAAAUAUUUGGAUAGUGAUUCGUACAAUCUUAUUAGGGAUAAGUUCAACAUGACUAAAGAGAACAAACUGACUGCUGGAACCAGGUUAAAGCAAAUAUAUACUGAUGGAGCUUUCGAGGAUGACCUUGGAGCAGUAGUGAAGUUGGAGGAUUCCAAUAAUUGA